AUGGUUACCACGGGAACCAACGCGGGGUCGAUUCCAAGUACCGGGCUGGCGUGCGUGUUCGACGCGCAUUCGCUCCGAUGGCGGCAGUUGAAGGUCUCCCUGGGAGGCCCAGCCAGUCACGCCGACUCCGACUCGGACGCCGCCACCCGCCGCAUCCGCCGGUGGAUCGAGCCGUGCUGCCCGUCUCGCGCGCGACUGCGGUCCGCGGACGAGCUGCUGUGCCCUGCGACGGACGAGCUGCUGUGCCCCGUCGGAGAAAUCGAGGGGCGGCGGCGCGCGGCGGGUCCGUUUCUGAGCUCGGAGCUGGUGGGCGCGGAGCAGCUGGCGGACGCGCUGCUGGGCAGCAUGCCGCAUGACACAUGCUCCCUUUUUGAGAAUUCUCAAAAACCGUUUCUGAGCGACGAGCUGCUGGGCGCGGAGCAGCUGGCGGACGCGCUGCUAGGCACCAUGGCGCAUGACGCAUGCUUCCCGUAUCCUGAAUACCCCGACUACCCCCCGAUGUACGACUCGUUCCCCCUCCCAGUCGCAGAGGACGACAUGGAGGUCAAACCCCUCUGGGACCGAGGUCAAGCCCCUCUGGAGGUCCUCGCCCUGGAGUUUGAUACGCGUUUAGAGCCGCGGCCUCUGCCGCAGGGCCAGAAGCGAGUGACGGCUCUUCGCGUGCUUACCUGUCGAGACUGCGAUUCUGGCCUUCUGGAUCGGCUGGUGCUGCCUGUGGGGCAUCCGUGCGAUUGGGACCUUGUGAGUCUGCAGUCGCUCUCCGUUGUGGCGCUGCCAGAGCGGGAGUCCUUUGACGGCGGCUGUUCGUAUCGGGAUCGCGAGAUUUCGAAGCAGCCCAGGAGUUGCAGAUGGGAGGAGAGUGAUCAGGGAAGAGGAAUUCCCCUCUUCUCCCGUCUCGCCCACCUCUCCCUCCCUCUCUCCGACCUCCCACCUAACCUCCUUCCCCACCUCUCCUCCCUCCGCUCCCUCCGUCUCUCCCUCUCUGCACCCCAGCACCCGCCCCUCCUCUCCGGUCGACCCUUCCACUCUCUUCCCCUCCUCUCCCUCCUCCACCUCUCCCUCGCCUCUCCCGCCUCAGGGCUUUCCGAGCCUCUCUCGCCGGACCUGUUUGCAGGGCUCGGGCCGAGCCUGCGGUCCUUGACUUUCCUGGUGUAUGCAAAGCAGAAGGGGGCGGGUGAGGAAGGGGAUGGUGAGGGAGAGGAUGGAGGGGAAGGGGGGAUGAGGAGGAGUGGGGAGGAGGAGGCGGAGGAGGGCGGGUGGGUGGGGGAUGAGUGGGCGAGGGAGGACGAGGUGGUGGGGUGGCUGCCUGCGUCGCUCUGGUCGCUCACACGCCUGCAGCACCUCACCACCAACGUGGGAGGCGCCUGGGACUGCACUGGCCUCAACGCCCUCUUCCCAACCCACGCCUCGCACUCCAUCCCCCCCUCCUCUUCCUGCUCCUGCUGCUGCUGCUGCUGCUGCUCCUCCUCCUCCGGCUCCGACCCUUCCUCACACCAGCAAGAGCGCCACCACCAUCAGUGCUUCUCCUCCCUCUCUAACCUCACCUCUCUCUCCCUCCUCUCGCACCGCACCUUCCCUCCUUGCCUCUCCUCCCUCUCCUCCCUCACUCUCCUCUCCAUCCCCCUCGCCUCCCCUCUCCUCUCCCCCGGUUCUCUCGCUCUCUUCUCCCACUGGCCCCACUUGUCCCAUCUGCACGUGAAUGGUGAGGGGCCUGCCGAACCAGCCUUCUGCCGCACCAAACCUGGUUCCGCCAAACCUUCAACUGGUCCUACUCCUACCGAGCCUGCAACUGGUCUCACCGAACCUGCAACUGGUCUCACCGAACCUGCAACUGGUCUCACCGAACCUCCCUCGUGUCCCGAAGCAACUCCUUCCUCCAGCCCCGUCCGCCACCUCACUCUCAAGGGGACAGCUGGCGUCAUCCCAUUGGCUGUGUGGGGGCGCCUGUGCCCUCAGCUGCUCUCGCUCAAGAUCCAGGGCUCGCCCCACGUGGCUGUAAGGGGGUGGGGGGAGCAGCCCCACGUGGCUGUAAGGGGGUGGGGGGAGCAACUGGCGGAGGGUUCUGGGAAGGGGUCCGUGGGGCAUGGCGCAUGUGGUGAGGGGGACGGCGCAUGUGGUGAGGGGGAGGGCGCAUGUGGUGAGGGGCAUGGCGCAUGUGGUGAGGAGAAUGGCGCAUGUGGUGAGGGGGACGGCGCAUGUGGUGAGGGGGAGGGCGCAUGUGGUGAGGGGCAUGGCGCAUGUGGUGAGGGGGAGGGCGCAUGUGGUGAGGGGGAGGGCGCAUGUGGUGAGGGGGAGGGCGCAUGGGGAGCAGCAGAGGAGGCAGCUGCGUGCUUCUUCCCUUCCCUGGAGGAGCUUGUGCUGCGCAACGUGACCACCCAUGCAUCGCAGCACACAUGCACAGCACACACAUGCACAGAGCAGACAGGGACAGAGCAUAGAGCCCACACCCACUUGCACCAGGGGCACACUCUGGCAUUCAUGGGUCGGCUGCCCCGCCUCACCCACCUGGCAAUCGACCACACCCACUCGCUUUCACACCCCCCCACCCCAACGCACGCCCCCACCAUCCUCCCGCCCCUCCUCCCCAACCUUACCUUCCUCCGCAUCCACUCCCCCCCACCCGCCCCCCUCCCCGUGCUGCCGCACCUGCGCACGCUGAUAGUGGGAUCCUACCCUCACUCCUCCCGCUUCCUCUCCUCGCUCUCCCUCUUCCCCUCCCUCACGGCCCUCCGCAUCUUCAACCUCUCCACGCACAACUACCACUCCGCGCUCUCCUGCCCUCCCUCACUCAAAUCCCUCCAAAUCUGCUUCUCCCACCUUCCUCUCCUCCCCGACUCCCUCCGCCUCUUCUCCUCCAUCACUCACCUCCACCUCUUCCAGUGUUCCACGCCCCUCGCCCUGCCCGCCUGCCUCUCCGCCUUCUCCUCCCUCGCCCACGUGUCCUUUGGCAGCGACUACGACCCUGUGCUGCCCUGCCGCCUCCGAGAGUACCUCGGGGGGAAAACCUGGGAGCAGGAGGAGGCAGGGGAGGGGGGAGCGGAAGGAAAAGGGGAAUGGGAAGGGAAGGGGGAAGCAGAGGGAGAAUGGACGGAGGAGGAUAAGGAGGGGGGGGAGGAAGGGGAGGAGGGGCGGGAGGGGGAGGGGAUUGGGGAGGGGGAGGGGAAGGCAGAGGGUGAGGGGGAGGGGAAGAGGGAGGGGGAGGGGGAGGGGGUGCAAGCGGGGCAGGAGGUGGAGGUGAGAGGCCCACCAAAGAACGCGAGUGCCACGUAUCCUCAUUCGCACAACCAAUCGCAGUUCCCAGCAGAGGUGUUACCAGCAGAGGUGUUACCAGCAGAGGUGUUACCAGCAGAGGUGUUACCAGCAGAGGUGUUACCAGCAGAGGCGGUACCAGCGGAGGUGCUAGAAUGCGUGUUCCAGCGGAUUCAGCUGCAUGGGGACGAGGCGAGCGUGAGAGGCGUGUGCCAUGAGUGGCGCCAGUGCCCCUCCUCCCUCUCCUCCUGCUUCACACGCCACUAUCGAGCCAAAUGGGACUCAGAAUUCCCCCCCAUCUGGCUAGCCUCGCUCCCCUCCCCCUCCUCCCUCGCCCACACCCUCACGCUCUACCCCAACCUCUCUGCACUCCUCCUCCCUAUAGUCUCCACCGCACCUCACCCCCUCCAACCCUCCCAUGUGCGCUCCCUCCUCUCUGCUGCCGCCGCCCUCCCCGCCCUUACCUCCCUCUCCGUGCUGCUAGAGCCGGGCUUUAGGGGGGAAUACGACUGGGGGUAUGGGCGGGAAGAGCUGUGGGAGAUGCCUGAGGACGAGAGGAAGAGGGAGAAGCGGAGGUGGUGGGGGGAGACGAACAGCGAGGUGGAGAGGGGGCUGUUUGCGGUGCUGAAGGGGUGCCGCGGUCUCAAAGAACUGCACAUCAGCAGCAGCAGCAGUGGCGUGUCUUUGCAUGACAGCAGCUGGAGUGGGCUCUCAGAGGGCCUGCUGUUGGGCCUGCCGUCGUGCCUCUCCUCCCUCUCCCUGCACCUCCCCACUGCCACCAUGCCCACCUCCUUCUCCGCGCUCACUGCCCUCACGCUCCUUGCCACCAACCUCUGGAUUCCGGGGCUGGAGGGCGGGGAGGACGAGGGAGACGGAGGGGUGGGAGAGGAGGAGUGGGAUGGAGAGAGAUGGGAGGAUGGCGCAGUUGAAGAGAAUGGAAUGGGCGAGGGAGAUGAGGAUGGUUGGUGCGAUGCUGAUUUGUGCCCCAACGGAGACGAGGAUUGUUGGUGUGAUGAUCAUGAUGAGGGUGAACUGCACAACUCAGCCGGUGCUUCAAGCAUUCACCACAACCGACUGCUGCCUCUCUGCAGCCUCUCUUCCCUCACGCUCUCCAGCUGCUGCUCUUUCCCCCCGCUCAUUCGCCACCUCACUCGCCUCACCUCCCUCUCCCUCGGAUCCUUCGGUGCCGAUGGGAUAGGCUCUAGCACCCGAUCCUGCUCACUGCACCACGGCCUCUCUCGCCUCACUCGCCUGCGGGAGCUCUCCCUCUGCUGCGACAGCUUCUCUCAAGAGCGCCUUCCCCGCUUGCCCCGCCUCCGCCGCCUCCACGUGCAAAACUACAGUGACAGCGUCGACAUGGCCCGCCUGAUGGCUGCUGUGGCGCACUCUUUGGAGCAGCUGCACAUUGAUUGUCAAAUUGAUCUGUGCGAGACAGGAAGCAACAGAGGGUUGAGCUUCCGGAAGCUCAAGCUGCUACACCUGGAGUUCUUCGCGCGCUUAUCUCGGGUAGACAUGGCACUCUUCCCUGCCCUAGAACACAUGGUACUGACAGAGAAGGUCAAUGUGAACUGGGGGGUGGAGAGCGGUUUCUCGAAUAACCUCCGCUUCCUGCAAUUGGGCUAUGCUGUUAGACUGCCUAGAGACCCUGGUGACCGAGAGCAUGAGCUGAUGCAGCUCACGGCGCUCACCACUCUCAUUGUGGACAAUGCAGACUACCGGGAUUUCCUUGCCGCCCUCUCCUGCUUCUCCUCCCUGCGCACCCUCCGCCUCUCCAACAUCACCCGAGGCUGCUCUGAGCCCUACUUCUCCUGCCCGCCUCUCCUCUCCACACUUCAGAUCUGCUUCUCCGACCUGCCCCGCCUCCCCCCUUCACUCGCUCACUUCUCCCGCCUCACUCGUCUCGACCUGCUGCACUGGCGCCGCCUGCACUCUCUCCCGCCCUUCCUCUCGUCCUUCUCGUCGCUGCACCACCUGAGAGUCACGAGCGAUGGGCCCAAGCCCACCCACCCUGCUUGCCUGAAAGGCUUUCUUCGAGGCAGGGACUGGUACAAGUAUUCGCGAUGUGAUGGCAGGAACUGGCACCAGCAUUUACAUUAUUAA